UUGGGGCUCCGGGUCUCUUGAGGCCCCUACUGUGACUCCGGCCCCUGGGAGGCGGGGCACCCGGCAAGAAUGAAUCCUUGUCCUGCCCCCAUCCCCCUCCAUUUCCCUCGGGUGUCCCCCCAGCUCCAGCUCCAGCUCCUAGGUUCCGGGAGCCCUGGGAGAGCGAACUCCGAAGGGCAAUCGGCCCGCCCAGCCCCGCCCCCGCCGUGCCGCUGGGGGAGGGGGUGGUCCCCCGGCAGAAUCUGCUCCCCUGUGCCCACGGUUCGGCACCUGCCCGAGCAACCGGCUGCGGCAGAGCCCAAGGGAACGCUCCCCCUUUCCUCCCCACCUCCACGACCCCCAUACGUUUAACCCCUGAGGUGCCUAGCAGCUCUGCUUAGCAGAGCCACGAGCCCCACAGGCGCGAGAUGAAACUGGAGGGGUUAAUGGGACCUGGGUGGGGUGGAAGGGGUGGGGGCCUGGAAGGGCGCGGGCCCCGAAGGCGCCCCCGCCUCCCUCCUCCCGCCGGCCCGGGAUGGGAGGGGCCGCGGCUCGGGCGGCACCCCCUUCAGUCAGUUCGGACCAGGAGAGUUACUCCGAGGCUCGACCCAGGUUAGGGAGAAGUGGCCCGCCCAGCCCCACGCGGGACCGCAACCCCUCUACCCCGACCCCAGAUGCCACCGCCCGUGGGGACCCAAGAGACUCGGAGUGAGCAUUCAGUCGGGAAGCUCUGAUUGAAGGCAGGGACUCUGAUCUGUCCAAGCUUCUAUUGCUCCCAGGUGAAGCAGAGGCCCUGGGCUCUGUAAAUAGCAGGCCUUUCAUGUUUUGGCCCUGGUCUGGACCGGUAGUGCUCCUCAUCUGGAUAUAUCUCUGCUGUGGUCUGGAGGGGAGGACUCAGGGAAGGUCUGGGUCUGGUGAGUGGACGCCCUGGGGGGCCUGGAGUGGCUGCUCCAGCACCUGCGGCCAGGGGGCCUCAGUGCGCAGUCGGAGAUGCCUUCGGAUUCCCCAGGAACUUGUCUGCGGGGGAGACUCUCACCAGUACCGCCUAUGCAGGCUCUCUGAAUGCCCCUCUGGUGCCAUGCCCUUCAGGGAGCUGCAGUGUGCCCUCUACAACAACAGGCCGGUUCUGGGCAGCCAGGCCACCUACCAGUGGGUGCCCUUCUAUGGAGCUCCCAACCUGUGUGACCUGAACUGCCUGGCCGAGGGCCACACUUUCUACUACACCUUUGGGCGAGUCCUGGACGGGACCCCUUGUGGCCCAGACUCUGAGGGGCUCUGUAUCAACGGCCGGUGCCUCACUGCAGGUUGUGACGGGGUCCUGGGCUCUGGGGCCCACGAGGACCACUGUGGCCAGUGUGGCGGCAGGAACGGCUCUUGCCUCUUCGUCCGUCGUGUAUUCAGUGAGGCCAGCCCGCCCCUCGGUCAAUCGCACGGCUACUGGAACGUAACCCUUAUUCCCACUGGGGCCCGGCACGUCCGAGUCACUGACCGGAGCCGCAAUUAUCUGGCACUAAUGGGCAGUGAUGGGCGCUAUGUCUUCAAUGGGGACUGGGCCAUUGACUGGCCAGGGGCCUUCGAGGUAGCCGGGACCCAGGUCCACUAUAGCCGCACCCGUGACCAUGUUGAGAGUCUGUGGGCAGUUGGGCCCACGGGUGAAGACCUCUACUUGCAGGUUCUCUUCCAAGAGCCCAACCCAGGCAUUGAGUUUGAGUUCUGGCUGCCAAGGGAUGCCUAUUAUGCCCUGCAGAGCCACCGGAGUCCUCUAAGGCAGCCCCAGACGCGGGAGGUGGAGGUGGGGCCCCAGGAGGCUGCCUCCGCCUGGACCAAGCCAGCCCUCUCCUUUCCGGGCCCCUCUCUCCCUCGAGAGCAGCCCAGUGAUACAGAGAGCUGCCAGCCGUGUCCAGGUGCCAAGGGACGGACCCAGCGUCUGCUUCAUUACUGCCGGAGUGACUUUGUAUUCCGAGCCCGGGUUCUGGCAAGGCUCCGUGUGGGUGAGGAGACCCGGUAUGACAUCCAGGUGCAACAUUCGUACAAGAACUGGACCCCACUAGAGCGCAGGGAGUUCCUCUGGGCCCCAGGGACCUGCCCCUGUCCCCUGCUGGCCCCUCGAGCAGAGUACCUAGUGGCUGCCCAGCGACACAUCAACUAUGAGGGCACCCUGGACCGGCUGCUGCUGCCCCAUGCUGGCUAUGCCCGGCCCUGGACUCCCAGAGAAGAUGCCCGCAUCCAGGAGGUGGCCAGGCGUUGUCCCCAGGCCGCACCACUAGGCUGAGGCUACCUGUGAAGGCUGGAGAGGACCUGGCUGGGCCCAUUGAGAGUCCCUGGAUGGGGCAGAUCUAGUCCACAAUAAUGCUGUCCAGGAUGGUAGAGCUCCAAGAUUCCUCUGGGCCAUGGGCAUAAGGAAGCCAGAUUGGCGUCCUCAUUCUGCCCAUGUAUCCAGGGUUGCCCCGGAACCGCGACGACCGGGCCUGGCCUCUGCUUUGUCCCAUAGCUUUCCUCUGGACCUUGAGUUCUCCUCCAACCUCCAGCCCGCAGGGUACCAGAUGGGGAUGUUUAAGCACACACACUCUCCACCCCUACUUCAAGGAGUAGAUCUCUCCCCCUGGGCACGUGCAUAUGGCACAACGUAGUGACACAAUAUGGAUGUGGCAUAUGAUGCAGGUUGGCACAAGGACUCUAAAUGCAAGCAGUAUUCAUUCACUCAUUCACGGAACACUUUGUAAGCACCUGCUAUGUAGACAUUUUAACACGGGAGAAGGAGAUCAUGGCGAAGGGGAGUGACCCAGGCACGAUGCCAGAGGAAAUUGGGAGAGGCCACCUUGACCCAGGGAAUUCCUGGAGAAUUCUGGAAGGAGACACCCCCUGGGCUGAGCCUUGGAGCUUUUCACAAAUUGGGAAAAGAGGAGGAGGACCCUCUGGGAAUGGGGGAACAGCGAAAGCAGUCAGAGGCAGCUGGGAGAGGGCAAGAAGGGGGAACCAUCCAGACUGGCCAAACAUCGAGGAUAUGACAAUUGGAAAAGGAGGUUGGAGGACCAUGAAUGGGGAGCCCUUUUGAGCUGCGAUAUCCCUCAAGUCUGGAGUGAAGAAGAAUGCCUUUGGUGCUAGAGGAGUAGAGGGAUGGGGGAGGUAUAACAGCUUGAGGAGAUGGAGGACUCAAUGGAGGGCAUAAGGGGCACAUGCUUCUUGGCAAUACAAAUGUGACUGGAUUGGUUUUUAAAAAAAAAAUCCUUACCUCCCAUCAA